GUUCAUUCAUUCGGAUUGAGUCCCGUCUCGCCGUUCAUCGUCGUCUCCACCGAGUCGCAAAAGAAAAAAAAGGGGAAAAGCGUAGGAGGAGGAGGAGGUGGAGGAGGAGGAAAGGAAAGCUUCUGGAGAGAGACUGUUUUCCGAAGCCGUGGAUAAGGCCACCGAGGUGGUUGCUGGCUCCGGAGAAAAGGGGGGCAAGGCUUGUCGCGGGGCGAGCUUCGGGAGGAGGGCUGCUGCUGGUGGCGGCGGCGGCGUCGCUGGUGCUGCUGCUCGCUCGGCCGCCUAGGGUUUCGGCCCCCGCCGUCCAGCCGGCUCGGAGGCCCCAAGGGUAAAGCGGAGGAGGUGGAGGUGGAGGAGGAAAGGAAAGCUUCUGCGUGAGAGGGUGUUCUCGAAGGGGUGGAUAAGGCUGAGGUGGUUUGUUCCUCUGGAGAAAGGGAGAAGCUUGUUACGGCGAGCUUCCGGAGGAGGGCCGCUGGUGGCGGCGCUGGUGCUUGAGGCUUAGGGUUUCCGGCUGCUAGCCGGCUGGAUCGGGGGCCACAAGUCUAAUGGCUACUGAGAGUGCUGUCCGAUUAAUUGGUGGGACAGGGGCUAGGGACUGGAGUAAGGGCUUUGGUGCAUUUGACUCUUCAGUGGGUGGCCUUUCAGGGGAAGAUUUGGGAUUUGUGGAUAAUGGCACUGGGGUCUAUGGGGGUUGGAGGGAAUCUGUCCCAAAUCGCAGUGGAAGUGCACCACCUAGCAUGGAAGGAUCUCUUGCUGCUCUUGGUCAUCUCAUUGGCCAGCAGAGUGGGAGCUUUGAAGCCAGUUUGGCAAACUUGGAUAACAUGACUGACAGUUCCAAGUCCGAGGAGCAACUGUGUGCUGAUCCAGCAUAUUUUGAGUAUUAUGGGUCUAAGGUGAAUCUGAACCCAAGGCUCCCUCCACCACUUAUUUCGAGGGAGAGCCGCCGAUUAAUGAACCGGGUUGGCAAGGCUAAAGAAUGGAGGGUGGUCUCCCAAGAUAACAGCAGCAAAAGCUCCAUAUAUGUUCCUCGAGCUACUCUAUCAACUCACAAAGAAGAACCAGAGGAUGAUAAAUCUCCAAGAUUGGAUUCAAGUUCAGUGGAGGAUGCCCAUAUUAUCUCCAGUGCAUCCAACUUUGAGAGCCAGGAUUUUAUGCUGGAAAGCUUUCAGCAGAGUGUGGCGUCUUUGCCUGAUAGUUCAUCUUCUAAUCCUUCAAAUAGCAACACUGGUGAUGCUAUGACUGUACGUUCUGACAUAAAUUUGUCAAGGAGUUUGUCAGUUGAUGCUGUCAAGCAAUCGGAUUUGAACUCUUGGGCCCCAAAUAGCCCACUGAAAAGUACUAUUAGCAAUGAUAUUUCGUCAUCGCCCAUUUCCAGCUCAUCAUAUACUGGUAAUACUGGUGUGCAAAUUUCUCAGCAAGAAAAGUCGGCCGUAGACACCAAACUUGGAAAUGUUGUGCUUGGCAGUGGCACAGCUGUUACUGAGCUUGAUAAUGUGGACUCCAAUAUGAAGAAUUUGAAGUUAAGUUUGGAUGGCCAUUCAUCCUCAUCUGUUAACCAGAAGUGGCAGGACAAUGUCUUGCAGCAGUAUGGCCCCUUGCUACCAGCCCAAGGCGAUCCUAUUCAAAUGACCCCUCAAGGACCACAUUUUUCCCAUGUUCCUUUUGCUGAUAACCUGUCUCAUACUCAGCUCAAGUUACCUGCUGGUGACAUGCAGCAAUUUUUACCGCAGCUUGGAAUGACAUCACCUUUCUUCACACCAAAUUCUUUUGGAAGCCCUUAUUAUCAGAAUUUGCACCCUGCUAAUGCAUUUCCAACUUCAAUUGGAACUGGAGGGUACCCUGUAACUGGUUCAGUUUUGCCACCUUUUAUGGCUAGUUAUGCUCCCCAAGGUUCUCUUGCUACGCCUCUUGACAGUCCUAUGACUCCAAGCUUUAGUGGCAGGCCAUCUGGUUUUCCUUCAACUGGGAAUCCUAUUGGGGGAACAGAUUUUAUGCAGUCAUAUAAAAUGUAUGGACAACUUGGGGUUGGUAUGCAGCCAUCCAUUCCCGACCCAAACUUCAUUCAUUUCUUUCAGCACCCCUCUUUACUUCAGUAUACUGGUGGAAAUCAAUACAAUACAAUGGGUCCAAGAUUUACUGUUGCUGGGAAUCCAGCUGAAAGCUUUGAUCCACAAAAGAUGAUGCCUCAAACUGCAUACCCAUCUGAUCAGACGCUUCAGCUUCCAAGAGGUUUUCCUAAUUCUCCCACAUCCAGAAGAGGAGUUGUUCCAAAUUAUCAAGCCAUGUCACCCUACAUACCGAUGAGUUACCCUACCAGUCCGGUGUUUCAGGGACAAACAUUGCCUGGAGCAUUGCCUCCUGGCAGGAGAAACGAUUCUGUUGGAUUCCAGUCCCCCACCAGAAAUAUUACUGCUAAUUCAGGGACUCAAGGGCAGCCUCAAAGGCAGAAGUUUGAUGAACCAAAGGCCUGUUCUUUCCUAGAAGAGCUAAAGUCCAACAGAGCACGUAGGGUCGAGCUAUCUGAUAUCACAGGCCGUAUUGUGGAAUACAGCGCUGACCAGCAUGGUAGCCGAUUCAUCCAGCAGAAGUUGGAAAACUGCACUGCUGAAGAGAAGGCAUCUGUUUUUGCAGAAGUUCUUCCUCAUGCUGCAUCUUUAAUGACUGACGUUUUUGGGAACUAUGUGAUCCAAAAGUUCUUUGAACAUGGAACUCGUGAGCAAAGGAGGGAUCUUGGCACUAAGCUUGUUGGUCAUGUUUUGCCUUUGAGUCUUCAGAUGUAUGGCUGCAGAGUAAUUCAGAAGGCUCUUGAAGUUAUGGAACUUGAGCAGAAAAUAGAUCUAGUUCGUGAGCUCGAUGGACAUGUUAUGCGAUGUGUUCGUGAUCAAAAUGGAAAUCAUGUUAUCCAGAAGUGCAUUGAAUGUGUCCCUACGGAACAUAUUGAUUUCAUAGUAUCUGCUUUUCAGGGACAAGUUGCUAGCCUUUCAAUGCACCCAUACGGUUGCCGUGUAAUUCAGAGAGUUUUGGAGCAUUGUGGUGGUAAUUCACAAGGCCAGUGCAUAAUAGAUGAGAUUUUGCAGUCAGCAUGCAUCCUUGCUCAAGAUCAGUAUGGCAACUAUGUUACACAGCAUGUUCUAGAAAGAGGAAAAUCUCAUGAGAGGAGCCAAAUUAUUACUAAAUUGGCUGGACAGGUUGUCACCAUGAGCCAAAAUAAAUUUGCAUCAAAUGUGAUAGAGAAGUCUUUUCAGCAUGGUGAUAUUGUGGAGCGGGAUCUUCUGAUCAGGCAGAUCGUGGAGCAGACAGAGGGCAAUGACAAUUUGCUGGCAAUGAUGAAGGACCAGUAUGCUAAUUAUGUGGUUCAGAAGAUACUCGAAACAUGCAAUGAGAGUCAACGGGAACUUCUCCUCAGCCGUGUAAAGGGUCAUCUGCAAGCAUUGAGGAAGUACACCUAUGGCAAGCACAUUGUAAGCCGAGUUGAGCAGCUCUGUGGUGAAGGACCUACUGACUCGGACUCUUGAAAUGAACCCACAAAUUCAUCAUAGGAGAGGUGACUUGAUCUUUGCUAUCCAUCAGCUGUGAAGAAAGCAAAACAAGUCGAACUCCGGUACCUUCGGACGGGCUAACAAAACUGUCGUCGAAGAUUGUAUAGGUGUGACUUUCUCCAGGGUAGUCUUUUCAGGUUCUAGAACAGCAGCUUAGCGUGUGCAUCACUGUAUCUAUGUUAGGGUGUGCCUAUUUACAGAAUAAUAGUGGUCGGUUAGCUGUGUGCAAAAGGAGUUUAGCGUUAUGGUUUGUAUGCGAUACAUAUCAGCUGUGCCCGGUAAUGUAUUUGCUUGCUUGCAUCGCAGUUGUGGGAUAAAAGCCCUGUUUAUCUGUGU